AUGAAUGAGGAUUCAUAUCGUAAUCUAUUAGCAAAUUAUAAUCAAUUCUAUGGAAAGUCAAAGAUUCUGUUCGAUGUAUUCGUAUCUGAUCCAAUACCUGUAAAUACUUUUAUCUAUAAAUCAUGGUUAGAUGGUCUCACAGAGAGAGAAUGUGCAUCUAGAAGAGAUGCUAUCGAUAAGAUGUCAUCGAAUUCAACUACUGGAUCAUGGCAGUUGUUAUUAGAAGAGACAGAGGAUCAAUAUAGGAACUUCUCUUUACUUCAGACGGCAUUGGAACAUCCAAAGACAUUAGCUAAUCACUCAAUGUUCCAAAUGGAUCUUAUCUCUAGACGAUUACUCAUCGAGGGUUACUACGAAUUCGAUGAUUACCUCAUGCGUGAACUCAUAGGUAGAAAACUGACGAGUGGACAACGUAGAGAUCUAGAUGAUACUUCAGAGAAAUUAAAAAUUAGAUUAUCUACAUGUGAAAGACAAUUUGAUAAUUUAAAAAGAAUAAGUAGAGUUGUUUUUACAGAUGUAAAGUCAAAUUCGAUAGAUUUGAUUACGAAUGAAUUCUCACUGAGUAGAGACUUGGCAAAGAAGUAUGCUCGUGUAUUGUUUCUGUGUUUUCAUAGGUUCGAUCUGUCGCACAAACGAGUCAAUGUUUUGAAUACACAAGAGUUGAUGCGUGCUGCCGAGCAGGUCAUGUCGUAUUGGGGUGAUCCUAUGAAGUUGUACUGCAUGGAUCUCGAUAUCAAGUUGAAGGAAGACGUCAGAGAUCUCAAGGUAUAUCUAUCAAAGGAGACAGACCGCUAUUGGCGACUGAUAAAGAGUCGGUAUCAAAGCACAAGUUCAUCGUCGUCCUCUACGGCGACAACUGUCGUGCCACCACUAACUACCAAUACAAGCACUGGUAAUCUGAAUGUCAAUCAAUCACCUAGAGUUCUGACAGGCAAUAGCAGUCAACAGCUAAUGAUGAAUCAAUCGUCGAAUACAGUGCCAACGCCACCACUCACCUCGGUGUCGACGACCAACAGCGCAACACCCAUCGCCACAUCGACGUCGACCUCUGCCAAUAAUAUAAUGAAUUCAAUUGCACCUAAUUUGCCGCCGAUAUUUAGUAGUCAACAGCAGAUCACAAUGACAACGGCUUCUUCUUCGACACCAGCAAACAUCAGUAUCAACAACUUUGCACAGAUCAUCGCACUACUCAAUAACGAGAAACUAAAGGCGAUGGAUUCUAAAUUCAAAUCAUUGUUGAAAGGUAUUCUUGCUAUUGGAUCGAAUUUAUCUGACAGCAAAGAGUUUAGAAACCUAUUUGAAGACAUCAUCGAGAAGAUCAUCGAUCCACUGAAACGUAUGGAUCUGACACGUGACGAAACAGAUACAUUCUUUAUGUUCAUGGUUGAGGUAUUCUCACCAGAAGCACUCAUCCUAUUGUCUCUCAGUCACAAGGAUCGUGUCGUUCAGAAUUGGAAGAGUUUCAUCGAAGGAAUAAGAGAAAUUGUAAAAUAUAUCUAUGAAAUUGUUUAA